ACCUCGUCUUCUUCAUUGCCCGGUGGGUCUCCCUCUCUGAGUCCCAGUAGGUUUUCUUUCUUGGGUUUCCCUCCAAUUGUAACCAGUAGAUUUGGACAUGUACUCUGAAGUGGAACUAGUCAGGGGUGUGGUUGUCCUUGCUGAAAAGCUAGACAAAGACAGUCCAUUUUCUUCAAAAUCUGUUAUAACAACACAGCUUCUGAAGGACUUGUUAAAAGAGAAGGCCAGCAAGGAUCAUGGGUACUUCCUUAAAGUCACUGCAUUGAAGAAGGUAGGAACCGGACAGAUUUUAGACCACUCAAGAAAGAUGUUGUUCCAUGUAGCUUUUAGUUGUCGCACGUUCAUACCACUCCAGGGAGAGAUUUUGGAGGGAGUUGUUUAUAAGGUGCAUAACCUCGGGGUGUUUAUUAGAUGUGGACCUCUUAACUAUGCUUAUCUGUCAGCUCGAAAAAUGCCAAAUUACCACUAUGUCGCUGGGACAAAGCCAUUCUUCUUGAAGGGUGACUUAGCAAAGAUAGAGAAAAAAGUUGUGGUACGGUUCAGGGUGCUGCAUGCUAGAUGGACAGCGAAGAGUAGAGAGAUCAGGAAUGAGUUUGUCGUGCUUGGUAGUAUGGUUGGUGAUUCGCUUGGCCCUGUCUAUGGUCCUCAUGAACCUGAUUUGUAACCAUUGAAAGUUUCAAACUGUAUGAAGGCUUAUGUAAAUAUAAAUGUUAGGAACUUAGGAUUCUGACUUCAGUCUACCUUUAAUUAAUAUGUUUUUGAGUUAUGAGACAUGCG